AUGAGCGACAUCCGCCACUCGCUGCUGCGGCGCGACGCGCUGAGCGCCGCCAAGGAGGUGCUGUACCACCUGGACAUCUACUUCAGCAGCCAGCUGCAGAGCGCGCCGCUGCCCAUCGUGGACAAGGGCCCCGUGGAGCUGCUGGAGGAGUUCGUGUUCCAGGUGCCCAAGGAGCGCGGCGCGCAGCCCAAGAGACUGAAUUCACUCCAGGAGCUUCAGCUUCUCGAAAUCAUGUGCAAUUACUUCCAGGAGCAAACCAAGGACUCGGUCCGGCAGAUCAUCUUCUCCUCCCUUUUCAGUCCCCAGGGGAACAAAGCUGAUGACAGCCGGAUGAGCCUGCUGGGGAAGCUGGUCUCCAUGGCCGUGGCGGUGUGCCGUGUCCCGGUCCUGGAGUGUGCCGCCUCCUGGCUCCAGCGGACGCCCGUGGUCUACUGCGUGAGGCUGGCCAGGACGCUGGUAGACGACUACUGCUGCCUGGUGCCGGGAUCCGCACAGACGCUCACGCAGACCUUCAGUGCCAGCCCUCGCUUCUGCUGCCAGUUUGUGACAUCUGUCACCGCGCUUUAUGACCUGAACUCAGACGAGCUCAUCCCCCCGCUGGACCUGCUCGAGAUGAUCGUCCACUGGGUCGCAGAGGACCCGCGGUUGAUUCUCAUUACCUUCUUAAACACGCCCAUCGCCGCCAACCUGCCCAUUGGCUUCCUGGAGCUCACGCCGCUCACGGGACUGAUCCGCUGGUGCGUGAAGGCGCCUCUGGCUUACAAGAGGAAGAAAAGGCCCGCGCUCACCAACGGCCACCUCAGUAACAAGGUGACCAAGGACGUGGCCUCGAGCCUGGACAGGGACCCACACCUCUUGUACUCCAAGCUACAUCUUAGUGUCCUGCAAGUCCUCAUGGUCCUUCAGGGCCACCUGACUGAGAAGAACCUGUACGGACGCCUGGGCCUCGUCCCCUUCGACCAUAUGGUCCCGCUGGUCGAGGAGAUCAACCGGCUGGCAGACGAGCUGAACCCCCUCAACGCCUCCCAGGAGAUUGAGCUGGCCCUGGACCGGCUGGCCCAGGCACUGCAGGUGGCCAUGGCCUCGGGCGCGCUGCUGUGCACGCGAGAUGACCUGAGGACCUUGUGCUCCAGGCUGCCCCACAAUAACCUCCUCCAGCUGGUGAUCUCGGGUCCCGUGCAGCAGUCUCCCCACACAGCGCUGCCGCCUGGCUUCUACCCUCACAUCCACACCCCUCCGCUGGGCUAUGGGCCUGUACCGGCCCACCCCGCCCUGCCAGCGCACCCCGGGCACCCCUUCAUCUCAGGCAUGCCCUUCCCCUUCAGGCCCAUCCGCUAG